UACUUCCUAGAAACAGCAAGUACGCUGCUCAACCCUGCCUGAACUUUCCUGUAAACAGCCACUGACAGACUGCAUCCCUGCUGGGUGGAUCCUGCGACUCCUAGAGGGAAUGGCACUUCUUGUUUUUAAUUAGCAAGGUGAAAGGUGAAUUAAAACUAGCAGUUUGGCAAGUCAGUGCAAGAGGCUGACUUCUGAGAGGCUUCCAGGAGCCCGAAGAGAGGACCUCCACGGGAGAAGAGAGUGCGUGUGCGUGUGCUCGGUUUUUUUUUUUUUUUUUUUUUUUUCUGAAUGAACAGCUUUGCCUAAGUGACUGAAAAAUACAGCUUCUUCCUGAAUCUACCGGCGUAGUUGCUGAAGAGAGCUCUAGACAGGACAUGGCUCUGAAGACUCACUCUUUGGAAUGUCCUCUUGCUCCCGGCUUAUAAACAACUGUCCUGAGGAAAGAAAGGUUUUACAUAGCCAAAUACAGCCUGACAAAUGGCACUUCGUAACUGUGCUUUCUGAUGACAACGCAUUCGAUUUCUGACAAAGCCUCUCGCACGCUGCCCCUGGAGGGAAGUCCUAAGUAAAACUCAGACCCUCCUUAAAGUGAGGAGCGAGGGCUUGGACGGUGAACACGGCAGCAUGGCAUCCGCGGGGUACAUUAUCACCUUGCUCCUGUGGGGUUACUUACUGGAGCUUUGGACAGGAGGUCAUACAGCUGAUACUACCCACCCCCGGUUACGCCUGUCACAUAAAGAGCUCUUGAAUCUGAACAGAACAUCAAUAUUUCAUAGCCCAUUUGGAUUUCUUGAUCUCCAUACAAUGCUGCUGGAUGAAUAUCAAGAGCGGCUCUUCGUGGGAGGCAGGGACCUUAUAUAUUCCCUCAGCUUGGAGAGAAUCAGUGACGGCUAUAAAGAGAUACACUGGCCUAGUACAGCUCUAAAAAUGGAAGAAUGCAUAAUGAAGGGAAAAGAUGCGGGUGAAUGUGCAAAUUAUGUUCGAGUUUUGCAUCACUAUAACAGAACACACCUUCUGACUUGUGGUACUGGAGCUUUUGAUCCAGUUUGUGCCUUCAUCAGAGUUGGGUAUCAUUUGGAGGAUCCUCUGUUUCACCUGGAAUCACCCAGAUCUGAGAGAGGAAGGGGCAGAUGUCCUUUUGACCCCAGCUCCUCCUUCAUCUCCACUUUAAUUGGUAGUGAAUUGUUUGCUGGACUCUACAGUGACUACUGGAGCAGAGACGCUGCAAUCUUCCGCAGCAUGGGGCGACUGGCCCAUAUCCGCACUGAGCAUGACGACGAGCGUCUGUUGAAAGAACCAAAAUUUGUAGGUUCAUACAUGAUUCCUGACAAUGAAGACAGAGAUGACAACAAAGUAUAUUUCUUUUUUACUGAGAAGGCACUGGAGGCAGAAAACAAUGCCCACGCAAUUUACACCAGGGUCGGGCGACUCUGUGUGAAUGAUGUAGGAGGGCAGAGAAUACUGGUGAAUAAGUGGAGCACUUUCCUAAAAGCGAGACUCGUUUGCUCAGUACCGGGAAUGAAUGGGAUUGACACACAUUUUGAUGAAUUAGAGGACGUUUUUUUGCUGCCUACCAGAGAUCAUAAGAAUCCAGUGAUAUUUGGACUCUUUAACACUACCAGUAAUAUUUUUCGAGGGCAUGCUAUAUGUGUCUAUCAUAUGUCUAGCAUUCGGGCAGCCUUCAACGGACCAUAUGCACAUAAGGAAGGACCUGAAUACCACUGGUCAGUCUAUGAAGGAAAAGUCCCUUAUCCAAGGCCUGGUUCUUGUGCCAGCAAAGUAAAUGGAGGGAGAUACGGAACCACCAAGGACUAUCCCGAUGAUGCCAUCCGAUUUGCAAGAAGUCAUCCACUAAUGUACCAGGCCAUAAAACCUGCCCAUAAAAAACCAAUAUUGGUAAAAACAGACGGAAAAUAUAAUCUGAAACAAAUAGCAGUGGAUCGAGUGGAAGCUGAGGAUGGUCAAUAUGAUGUCUUGUUUAUUGGGACAGAUAAUGGAAUUGUGCUGAAAGUAAUCACAAUUUACAACCAAGAAAUGGAAUCAAUGGAAGAAGUAAUUCUAGAAGAACUUCAGAUAUUCAAGGAUCCAGUUCCUAUUAUUUCUAUGGAGAUUUCUUCAAAGCGACAACAGCUGUAUAUUGGAUCUGCUUCUGCUGUGGCUCAAGUCAGAUUCCAUCACUGUGACAUGUAUGGAAGUGCUUGUGCUGACUGCUGCCUGGCUCGAGACCCUUACUGUGCCUGGGAUGGCAUAUCCUGUUCCCGGUAUUACCCAACCGGCACGCAUGCGAAAAGGCGUUUCCGGAGACAAGAUGUUCGACAUGGAAAUGCAGCUCAGCAGUGCUUUGGACAACAGUUUGUUGGGGAUGCUUUGGAUAAGACUGAAGAGCAUCUGGCUUAUGGCAUAGAGAACAACAGUACUUUGCUGGAAUGUACUCCACGAUCUUUACAAGCAAAAGUUAUCUGGUUUGUACAGAAAGGACGGGAGACAAGAAAAGAGGAGGUGAAGACAGAUGACAGAGUGGUUAAGAUGGACCUUGGUUUACUCUUCCUAAGGUUACACAAAUCAGAUGCUGGGACCUAUUUUUGCCAGACGGUAGAGCACAGCUUUGUCCAUACUGUCCGUCAAAUCACCUUGGAGGUAGUGGAAGAGGAGAAAGUCGAGGAUAUGUUUAACAAGGACGAUGAGGAGGACAGGCAUCACAGGAUGCCUUGUCCUGCCCAGAGUAGUGUCUCACAGGGAGCAAAACCAUGGUACAAGGAAUUCUUGCAACUGAUCGGUUAUAGCAACUUCCAGAGAGUGGAAGAAUACUGCGAGAAAGUAUGGUGCACAGAUAGGAAGAGGAAAAAGCUUAAAAUGUCACCCUCCAAGUGGAAGUACGCCAACCCUCAGGAAAAGAAGCUCCGUUCCAAACCUGAGCAUUACCGCCUGCCCAGGCACACGCUGGACUCCUGAUGGGGUGAGACUAUCUACUGUCUUUUGAAGAAUUUAUAUUUGGAAUGUAAAAAAUAAAUCAUCCAACUUCUUUGCAUUACUUAAAAGAGAUUUCUGUAAUACAGGAAUGACUAUGAAGGUGUUAUAAUAAAUUAUUCUACAUACUCGUUUGACUGGAUAAAUUUCACAUACAAUUAACUAAUUUUUUAAAUAAAUGCAUUGCUUAAUGGUUUCUCAUUAUGUUUAUCAAAAAACAAUAUAGCUGUAAUUUUCAGUACUUGGCUGCUUUUCCGUGAAGAUUAUUAUUUUAGUUUUGGAAGACUUAAGAGUAUUAGAAUAUUGAAGAAAAAUUGGAGAAUUUUAUAAUCAUGGUAAAUAUAAAACUAAAUAUGUUUUAAUAUUUCAGAAUGUUUCUUUUCCACCACAAUGUAAGAUAUGCAGAAUACAAGAUACUUUGUCAUUCUCAUGUGAACUUUCUGUACUCUUUAAGGAUUUUUUUAUUAGUGUUGUUUAAGUCAUGAGUGUUAAGUAGCAGGUGUGUUGUGACUGCUGUAACCCAUGAAAGGAAAAAUGUGGUCGUUCUGAGGCUUGUGCCCUUCGUAAAAUAUUCAUUAAAGCAUACUCACAAUAUUUUUGCUUUAUAACACAGUCUUUAAAUUUCACUCACUGUGGAAAGAAAAACUAAGGUAACUUCUCAGAAAGAUAUCAAAGAAUGUCAAAUCAGAUGAAGUUAUAGUUAGAAUUCUAACUACUGUAAAAGAUUUUUGCUGCCCUCUUGUGGUAAGAAAAAGUAUAUUCUCACACAUUUCUUUUUUCUCUACAGACGGGUAUCUGUUUAGGAAAGAUUUGAAAGCAGAUUAUCAGUAGAUACAUCGAUACAUCAAGUUCAUUUGCAGAAACAAAUAACUGAAAUAAAAAACACAUUAAUCCUUAUAUCAUACUUUAAUAUGAAAGUAUUGUUUAUAGAUAAUUUAUUAUCUCGCAGGUCAAAAAUGAAGAUUUUGCAGCACUGAAGAUCUAUUAAAGCCCCAAAGUUUAAGUUUCUAAAUAAUCUUCGCUGAAAUCUAAAAUAUAUUAUAACAACCAUGCUUUAUUUGUGAAAAAGUAUUAAAGUGAUUUGCUCUCAAA